CCGUGCCAUUACCCAGCCAACAUUAUAAGCUGAAUCUAAACUUCAGAAGCUUGGAAGACGUUUAUUAAACAUGGAAAAAAUGGAAGGGGCGCGCUCAAAUGAAAAAACUUAUCUUGUAUGGUCCAUCUUCAACACUUUUUGUUGCUGUUUUCCACUUGGAGUUGCAGCUAUUAUAUACUCAUGCAGAGCAGACACUGCUAAUUCUCUUGGAGAUGGAACAAAAGCGCGCGAGUCCUCCAGGACAGCCAGGAACCUGAAUAUUGCUGCAGUGGUGAUCGGGAUCAUUUGCCUCAUUAUUAUUAUCGUGUCCUAUAUGGUCCCAAAGUGAUUGAAGCAACAUUAUCGCGUGUAUUAUUGAAGUUCUCUUCUUAGUUUGGUUACUUGUCCGGUAUUGUUAAUGUAGAUACAUGUUUAUGUAUGUGGUGAUGUGCUUCUGCCUGGUUUCCCUUGGAUGAUAUUAAACCUUUUUUGAAUUAUCUACGUUUUCUCGAGUGUUCUCGUUACAGCGUGGCUGUGACGGGAGAUUUUUUUUUCACUCGAACAGAUUUAAACAUCUGUUGCUGAUCAAGGAUGAUGAAGCCCAGUAGUGAUCCGACAUCAGGCACGCAAUCAUAGCCACAUGUUGAAAAUGUGUUCAAAAUCUACAAAAAUGUACUUUUAAAGUUAACACACAUUAUUCCAAGAUUUUUCAAAAAUGUUUGUUAUUUGCAAAAAAAAUGUUUGUUUUGACUUUUUGGGUCUGCAUCACAUAAAAAAAACAUGUAUUGUUUCAUAGCCUUUUUGUUUAAGCCUGUUUAGUAUGUAUGCAUUGUUCUUAUCUAACACAAUGUUAAUGUACCUUUAUCUAUGUUAAGUCAUUUAUACGUGCUAAAGAGACAAAUGCUUAACCAUUUGAUUAUUUUAUUUUAUACCUCUGUACUGUAUAUUAUUGCUAUGAUAUUCAAGCCUGUAUUUUUCUACUCCUCAUUUUUCAUAGAAGGUCACUAUUAAACUCAAUAUAUUAAACCUC